AUGAGCGAUCACGGAUAUUCAAGAGAACGAGAUACUGGACGAUCUCGACGACGAUCACCUUCAAGUCGAUCACCAUCACCACGAAGAUAUUCUCGUUCGCCAUCCAAUCAUCGAUCAAAACGUAGUUCACCAAGUGCUAGUCGUCGUCCACCACCACCUGGUGAAGUUCACCGAGAAAAUCCAAUACCAAGUGCUUGUCUAGGUGUAUUUGGAUUAUCACAAUACACAAAUGAACGUGAUCUUAAAGAUCUAUUUCAUAAAUUUGGUCGUAUAAAAGAUGUUCAAAUUGUCAUUGAUAAAAAAACUAAUAAAUCGAGAGGAUUUGGUUUUAUCUAUUUCGAAGAAGUUGAAAGUGCUACACGAGCAAAAGAAGCACUUAAUUCAGUUGAACUCGAUCAUCACCGUUUACGUAUUGACUAUUCCGUAACAAAACGUGCACAUACACCAACACCUGGAAUAUACAUGGGUGUUCGUACAACUUCCUAUCACCGUUCAAAUGGCCAUAGCAAUCGUCGUUCACCAUCACCAGAUAGAAAAUCAUAUCAUCGACGACAUCAUCAUCAUCAUCGCCGUCAUGAUUAUUCAUCAAAAUCACGUUCACGUAGUCGAAGUCGAUCAAGAUCUCGACGUGGUGAACGCCGACGACGAAGUCCUGGCUACGCAUAUGAUUAA